CCCCGCCGCCGGGUGCCAGCCGCAUGGGUCUCGCCCCCCAGGACCAGCUGCUAUUCUGUGACGACUGUGACCGUGGCUACCACAUGUACUGCCUGAGCCCCCCCAUGGCCGAGCCCCCGGAAGGAAGCUGGAGCUGUCACCUGUGUCUCCGGCACCUGAAGGAAAAGGCAUCGGCCUACAUCACCCUCACCUAGGCCCGGCCCCCCCUCGCCCCUUCCCUCGCCUGCCCAUCCCCCCUCCCUGACUGAGCCCCACCCCCAGGCUGGGGCCCCCCAAGGGCCGGGUUCCCCUCCCCCGCCGAGGGGAGUAUGUGCCAGCUCCAGCCCCCCUCCCCCCUGGGCGGGGAAGCUCGCCCUGCCCCCACUCCUGGACGGCGGGGGCUGGGGAUGCUGCUCUCCUCAAAGCCAUAACCUGCCUCCGGGCGGGCACUAGGGGGCGGGCGCCGGCUAGGGAGGGGAAGGGGCAUGGAUGGAGCCUUUUUCUAGAGAAAAAGACAAAAAGUUAAAAAAAAAAAAAAAAGACAAAGUAAUAUAUACAGAGACCUAUACACCUUGGUGGGCCUGGACGGUGGGCACCUCCCCCCAGUUUCCCACUGGGCACUGACCCGGACCAGCGCCCGCCGGCCCCCUCCCCUAAUUCCCUGGGGAAGCUGGCGGCUCGGGCCCACCCCGGGGGCCCACCCCAGUAGCGGGCACCGUUUCCCACCUCGUGCUCUGGGAGGCAGGCGCCACGCUUGCCCCUUUUCGGCCUGCCCCCUGCCCCUUCCCGCGGUGCCCGCCGUGGGCGUUGCAUGAUGUGAACCAUGGUUUUUCAAGUCCUGUUCCCCCUGCCCCUUCCUUGUGCCCGCUCCCCCAUGCCCAAUGCAAACUGUGGGCAGGGGCCGGGCAAGGUGGGCCCCGGAGCUCGCCAGAAUGAGAAGCACAGAGUUUGCACCCGGACUGGUUUUUUUCUCCCCAUCCCCAUCCCCUCGCCAGGCAAGGACCAGACCCCUUGGCAAGGGGGGUCCCCUGAAACCCGAUGCCCGUUGAGGGCGGUUGGCGAGGGGGGCAGCUGUUUCUUGUGGUCGUGUGUGUUUCAUUGUUGGGGUAUCCAAAAGACACUGGGUUUCCCGGGCAAGUGGGCAAGGCCGGGGAGAGGGGGGUCCUGGGGGGCCAGGGCGCCAUGGGCUGGCCCUGGCUUCCUGGCACCAUGGCCCCAUCCCCCCAGCUCCCUGUACAGCCUGUGCCCCCCCUUGCCUGCCUCUCCUGUGGAUCACCCUGUUCUGUGUAUUAAACUGGGCCUGGCCCUGCUGCGCCCUGGCCCAUGCCUCCUUCUGUGGGCACCUGGGGGGGGGACGAUGGGAGGGGGCCUGGGGCCCUGUCCGGCUUUUGUCUGCUGCUCUUCCCUAACUCCUCCAGCGCCUCCUCGGUCUCUCUCCCAACAAUCCCCCCCCCCCCGCCUCCCUCCAGGCUACGGCAGCACCUUCUCCAACCCCCCCUCCCCCGUGCCUCCCCCCCUUCUGGCAGCCCGUCACCCCUCCCCCAUCCACCCCAGGAGUCAUCCUCAGGCAUCCCCUUCCCUGCCUUCUCCCGGUCUUUCCCCGUCACCCUGCCGGCCCCAUUUCCCUCGCCUCUCCCCCUCCCCCUCUCCUUGUCUCCCCAUCUUCCUCCAAUCCUCAUCUCUUCUCCCGGCUUCUCCUCGUCCCCCACCCCCUCCUGCCUUGCUGGGAAGAGAAGGGAAGGAACGGGGGGAUGGGGUGAGAGAGACUGAAGCACCCCCCACCCCACCCCCCUCCUCACACACACACCCAACCAGCUGUGGUCGCCCUGGCAACGGGCAGCUGCUGCAGCAAGAGACAGACAGAGGGUGGGAAGUGGGAGAAGGGAUGGGGGGGCAGGGAGAGCAGCAACCGCCCCAGGUCUGUCCAGGGUCCCCCCGCCCCGUCAGUAUUCUAGCCCUAGUAUUCUAGCCCUACUGUGUGCACCUCGCUGCUGCUGGGCAGGGCCAGACUGUGUGGAGACAGCAACCCAUCCUCCACCUCCCCCCCAAGAGCCAAGGACGGGGAAGAAAGGAGGGGGAGGGGAGAGACAGGUUAGGAGCAGCCCAAGUGACCUGGUGGGAGAGACCGAGACAGGGGAGAGAGAGAUGAGAGACACAGAGACAAAGAG